UUACAGCGCUUUCCAUUGGACGGUAAGUGCCCAUAACAAUGAACGCUAUCUUCCACUUGGAUUAGAUUCUUCUGACUUUGAAACAGUUUUUUGUUGCAUUCAGAGACGUACUUUUGUUGUAUUCAGAGUAGUUUAAAAACUCAUCCUUCUUGUUGAUUUUAUACUGCCUUUUAUCAAUUGCAUCAUGGUAUUUGUAUGGGCUGCUCGAGUGUAUUACCUUAUUAGGGAAUCGCUGUGACAGGUAGUCUAGUCUUUUCCUUCCAGUCGUGUGCUCUGUCUGCCUGAAGUGACACAUUAUAACAAUUUGAUUAGGCCUAGAUCUACUGUAAAUUGAUUGACUUUUACUUUUGGGAUUUGCCUGUUUCCUGGCUAAACUUCGUCAUCAGUGGUUGCAACUAGUCGACCUGCUUUGCGUUGCUUUUGGACAGUUGGUGGGUGGUGGUACUGUGUCCCCUGGAUUACUAUUUUGGCACAGUGUGGUAGGCCCUCAGCAACCUCAGCUUGUGCGCCAACUUGUUUUUACAGUAUAAAAAAGUAUGUCAAUGGAGAAUCCACCAUUGCCACCACCAGUGCUUCCUCCGCCACCCCCUCCACCACCUCCCACAGCUCUAGGCCCCUCAAGCUCAGGAAAGAAGAAGCUCUACCAGGCCAUUGCUGAGGGAAAGGCCCCCGUGCAGGGAGACUAUGAGGAGGCAUUGUGCCUUCUCAGACAGAGGGAAAGUGGGUAUAGGAAAGACCUUCAGUGGUUGCUGCUCAACAAAUAUGUGCCUUCUCUCAUUCAGGAUGGUCCACAGUGUGGUCUAGUGGCCCUGUGGAUGGCCUCACAACUGCUGCAGCCACCCAAAGGCAUCUCAAUGGACACUAUAGUACACAAGGCACGAACAAAGGGUUACACUGUACAAGGAGAGAUGUUUUCAGCUAGAGACAUGGCCUUUCUUGCAGAGGAGGUUUGUGGGUGUAAAGCUGAAUACCUGCAAGGAGGAAUGAAGGGAACCAAUACCGCCUUAAUUUUGAAGCAUCUCUUGGAGGGACAGCCUGUUCUCGUACCGUAUCCUAACAGAAUAAUACAGUUCACAAAAAGUUAUGCUGGAUAUUUACCUUUCAGAUAUGAUGAGGACUUCAAUCACGAGCCUUGCCAGCGCAGUGGUCACAGGGCACACUGGGCUGUCAUCUCAGGUGUAAUGGUGGGUCUGACCAUGAGCAGUCUGGACAGCAUGCAAGUCAAGCCAGAUGACACGCUUCCAUGGGUCUUUACGCCCCAGGAAGGGGUUUCUCCUACGUGGUCUAUGGACAGCAUGCAAGAGGUUUACGUUUUAGCCAAGCAGGGAAAAAGCCUGAAAUACCAACUGUGGGACCUUGGGGUAGUGGCUGAAAGCAACAUUCAGCUGAGAGAGUUGGACCCAAAGCGGGAGAACGAUGGAAGCAGUUAUGUGCUGCCCUCUGGUGGCGUGGAAGCGGGACUGGCAGGACAGGCGGUGAUGCUCCACACAAAGACAUCAGCUUGUUGAUGAACUCUUUUCUUUUUUGACGGCUCUUUUCACUUGACGUGAGACACCUUUGAACACGGAACAUUUCAUUGCCUAUCAAAGCAGUCACUGAAUCACUGAAUAUAUGAAACUGCACCCCUGCUACAAUUUUACAAGAGAGAAACUACACUGGACAUUAUAUUUUGCAUAUUGCGAGAAAAACUGUAAAAAAAAAUCUUCUAUCAUCAUUAAGCAGCUAGUAUGUGCUAUGGUUCCUCUUGGUCCUGGAAUGUUUGAGGAUGAAUGUUACACUUAAGACCUUGUAAAAGUGAAGAUGCUCAUGAAGGUAAGCAGUCAUUUUGCCAGCUGAUAAACUUAUACAAAACAGUGCCACAUAGGCAUACUCCCCACAGAACAACACAGUUUGACGUUUUUUUUUUUGUUUUUUUAAAGGGAACAAAUCUGGUCAAUCAUUCUUAGAUUAGAAACCUUUUUUGAUGCUCAUGAAAGGAUAUAUGUACCGGACACAUACAAAAUUGUCUUAACUUUCCUUUUUUGGUAAAUAAUAAUAGUUUUGCUACAGUAUAUACAGUGCCUUUCAAGGAAGGUGUUGACCGUCAGCCUGGCGAUUAAAUGAACAAAAGGA